CAUGCUCUCACGUAGACGCUCCAGAGCUUUCCUCCUGGAUACAGUUAACAGAGGAAGUGAGUUUGUGGAGACCCUGAAAUUUGUUUAUCCGAAGGCAGAUGGUCUUCAGGAGAAAGACUUUGACUGGCUCUUUGAUUGUCCUGAGACAGAACAGUUUCUCGAGUCUUUCUGCAACAUAGUGGGGGAGGAGAAUGUAUCCAGUUCUACAGAACUGGAGGCCUAUGAGAAACUGGUCAUUUCUGGGAAGCCUGUUCUGGAAGGUGAAGCACUGGAACAGGUGUUAAAGACCUGCCGCCAAGCCUCUCAGCUCAGGUGUGCUAUACAGGAGAAUGACACCCUGCCUCUCGAGACACUUGAACAAGAGGUGCAGACCCUGAAGAGCCAAUGCGCCUGUCGGGUAAAGCAGCGCACCAAGCUCCAAAUUUAUCUAGCCAGCUUGAAGCGGGAGCUCUGUCAUUCAGCUGAGAAGAAAGAGAAAGCAAGCCGGGAGCUGAAGAAGGCACACCUGCGGCUAGAGCCAGAGAACUUUCAGAGCAAUGAUGCUCUCAGCCAAGCCUGUAAGAAAGUGAAGGAGCUGAUGCAGUGGCACAGGAAGCCGGCAAGCAAGCGGCAGGAAGCCUCAAUGGCAGCAGCGGACCUGGAACAUUGCCUCGAAUUGGAAGAAAAAGUCACAAAGGCUUUAUUGGGAUUCUCACCAAAGGUCUUGCCAGAUGUUGUCAGCGAUGUGGAAGCUGAUCAAACAGUUCUGGUGAAAAGGGGGCAGGGAGACUCUUGGGAAAAACUGAAUACAGGGUCUAUGGAACGGCAAGCUCAGAAAGUGCUGCUAGAUAGUAAGAGUACAAUCUGCAAUAAUGAUUCUGAAGGUCACAUAAUGACAUAUGGCACACUGAAAAGCCAAGUUCUCUCCAAGGGGCAGCUGGCCAAUAAGAACGAGCCAGAGUUUACUUGUAAAGCUCUGCCACAAGAAACAGACCGAAUGGAAAGUGAGAACUUCAGAACCGUUCAGGAUGGUUGUCAAGGAGGGUUGAAGCUGCGGGGAGAAGCUGAUGAAAUGGAGCAUCCCAAAGAUGACAACCUGAGCAGCUAUCAGGAAGAACUGGAGCGCAUGGCAUUGGCUUACAUGUGCAGUCAGGAAAAGGCACUCGUGACCUCUGCAAACAUUAAAGGAAUUUCAUCUACCUUGAAAUGGGCAGGGAAGGCCCUCAAGGCUGCUAAGGAGAACAAGGUGAAGGAAGAGAAAGGAGAACUGUAUCUUCGUAGAGCCACUUUCCAGGAGCAGUUGUACAUCCUCCAAAGGGAGGUUAGACAGGCAAAAACCAAAAAGCUUGUCCCUUUGCUCCAGACCAGUGCCCACCUCCUUCGCUUGCCUGUAGUAUGUGGGGAACUCGCUUUGGAAGCCAGGAGACUUGGUCAUAUUUUAUCAAUGCAAGAACAAGCUGCUGGCCAAAUGAUGGUCCACUGGAGCCAUUUGGAGCUGCUGUGGCUCUUGCUGAUGCAUGAGCAGAAGAAUCUGCAACAGAUGAAGACCCAGCUGGAGGGGAUGGUGGCUACCUCGAAUGAAUCACAUGCUAAAUUACAGGAAUGGCAAGCCUGCUUUGAGGAUUCAAGGUUCUCUGUUAAGCAAUGCCCGCGUACUCUGAUAGACCCCAGUGAUCUCACCAUGUUACGGCUGUGGGAGAUGCUAAACAGGCACAGUCAAGAUAAGCAACUCUUCCAUGCCUAUGGGGCCUUGGCAGGCUGGGGCUCCCGGUUAUGCCAGGAGCUCAGGAUGCUCAAAGUGCAGCUGGCCACACCACACUCCCAGCUUCCUAAACUGGAGUCUGACAAUGAGGUACUUCACUGUUUGAUGUAUGGGGACUGCAACCAGCUAAUGCUUCAUGCUCAGGGACUAGAAGAACCUCUGGAGCAGCUUUGCACCACACAAGCCAAACUCUACCAAAUGCUAAUGGACACCUUGAGUGAGGUGAAGGCCAAGCAAAAAUCCUUGCAGAGCCACUUUCAGCAAACUGAGCGCAGCCUCUACAUGCAUUUCUUCACUAACCCAGAACAGCUGAAGGAGCUGGUGCAAGAAGCUGAGAAACAGACCCUGGCAUUUUCUUAGGUGUUGGUAUAAUCACAUGAGAGUAGUUCAGCAGAAAAUAGUCCUCCAGCUUGCUUGAAGGUAGUCACAUCUUAUCUUCAUCUAGACUGAAUGGAAAGUCUCCUUAGGGAGAAUCCUGUUCAUGAAAGCUUACAUUGCUAUGUUCUCUUUGUAAAAUAGACUGAUUUGGACCUGAUCCAUAUACCUGAUUCUUCCCUACAAUGACUUGGUAAAAAAGGCUCUUAAACUACAGUCUGUUUUUUUCACUUCAGAGUCUGAGUAAAAUGUUGGAAGUAGUGAUGGAUGGGCGGCCUGAGAUGUUGGUUAAAACUAAAAGCUACAGUGCAUACUUCUAAGAUGGGGCGAUGCCCUUUUCUGCUUGCCUGCAUAU